AUCUCAAAUAACAUAACACACUUAACCAAUAACCAAAAUAACUCAUCAAUUCAAUAUCAUAGACAACAACAAUAAUACGUAAACAACACUCUCAAAUUUCUAAUUACAUCAUUUAAAGUCUAUUAACUAACUAGCAUCACAACUACAAUGAAAUAAUCACUCUUCAGACGUGCGUUCACCAUCUUUAUCCUCUCCUAUAUUUGUUUCUUUGUUUCUCCACCUUCUAGUUGAGGAAUCGGAAUUUUAAAAUUCACUACAAAAAAAGCUGGUUAAAACAUCAUUAAUAUUAUGGCGGUUUUGUGAUAACGCCACAAUAUUCAUGGAUUAAGGCGGUUUGUGUCACUGCCAUAAUAUAUCUGUAAGUCAGGGACAUUUUUGGCAGUACUAACCACUGUUAUCUACUAUUUAAUUAGAAGAAAGCCCAACCUAAACCUAAUUGCGAGUAGAAGAGAGUAGAGCGUGAGGAACGAGCUUCUCCUCCAAUGGCUUCUUCUCUUCCAUUGAUGCGAGCUUCUCUUCUAUUCUUGUGAGCUUCUCUGCCAUUGAUGCGAGCUUCUCCUCCAUCGAGCUUCUGCGUUCUGUGUUGUGCGAGCUCUUCUUAUCCUAACCCGUCUUCUCCGUGUCCCUUCUCACUUCUAGAAUUCGAAAAUGACAUUAUUGCUAUGCUGCAAGCUUCUCCUCCAUCAAUGAUUCUUCCCCUCCAUCGAUGUCAUGUCCAUCAAUGCUUCUCCUCUGAUGGUACAUUUGCUUCCAUUGAUGCGAUUUUCUAGGUCAGAAAUUGGGGAUUGUUAGAAAAAAAUGAGAAUCUUGAUAACUCUAAUCUAUCUGGACAUUUGGUAUCUAAACUUGGGAAGCUUAAGCAUUUUAUAAAAUCUAUAUGCUAUAUAUCCUAUGGUUAAAAUUUUGAUAUUUAGAGCACUUGCUUAUCUUCACAACAGCAUUGGAGUAUGUCACAGGAACAUAAAACCUCAAAAUUACUGUAACCUAAGAAUAUGGUGUUCAUUACGAGGGCCCACUGCAAAAAAUGUUACCUUGGAAGAGACCAUCAAUAAAUUACAAAGUGAAAAUGAAUGGGAGAAGCAAAACCAGGCUAGUUUGCAAAUGAGAAUUGCACAAUUACAGAGUGAGAAUAGUUCCUUACUUGAAAAAGAGGUUGGUUUGGAAAUGAGAAUUGCACAGUUAGAGAGUAAGAAGAGUUCCUUGCUUCAAAACAAGGUUGUUAAGAUAAUUCAUUUCCUAUUUGUGUUGGUGCUUGGCCACUGUCUCUUCCUUUUGUUAUUUGAUAUCAAUGUUUCUAUGCUAUCAUUUAUUUUGUUUUGUAUUCAGAAUUGGUGUAGGAUUAUUCCUUGUUUCAAGAUUGAAUCUUUGUUUGGAUUGUUUAGGUAGAGUCAAUGCAUGUUUUGCUUUCUUUUUUGUUUUUAAAUCUAUGCGAAAAUCAUUUCCCCAACCCUUUCUCUCUCACAAAAGCCACGCAACAGUUGUCCCAUAGACAUCUCCAACUUGAUGCCUUUUUCAUCAUCAUCUUCAACUGUCAUGAUUAUAAUUUGAUGAUUUUAUUUAUGAUCAAUAUGAAUUAUGAAGCCAUAGCCUACAAGCCUAAAAUAAAUGAACGCAACAACUACUCUAAAAAUUGAGGCGAGUGUUUUUUGACCAUCUUUUUUCAAGUAGCUUUCAUGUGACUGUGAAAGUUGAUACUUGAACAAAACAAAAAAGAAGAGAUAAAGUGAAUGAUUUAGGAGAAGAUUUCAAAGUCCAAAGAAAGAGACAGACACACAGAGAGUAGAAGGAAGAAAAUUUAACACUUUCAGAAAGCUAUUUUAUUUUUAUUUUUAUUUUUAGGUAGAAUAAUGUUUUCAACCCUACCACUCCUACAACUAAUGCUCCUUAGAGUUAAACAAUGUUAAAGUUGAAUUAGAUUUGAUAUUCUUCGAUCUUGUAGUUUUAGCUUUCAGUUUCAACUGGUUUGGUAUCAUGAAGGGUGUUCUAAUUUCCAUCAACUUUAUCUUUUGUUGCUUCUUACUGUUUUUGGAUUCAUCAACUUCACUUCCUUUAUGUGUUGACUCAA